GUUGAUCAACAAUCUGUCAGAUUCGAAGAGAUCGUGAUUCAAUUAUUUAAUUCACGGAUUGGAAAUUUAGAAGUAUAUUGAUCUUUGAAAUAUGAUUUUGUCAAAAUUAUCUAGUAGUGAGUCAAUAAUUUCCAUAAUAUUUAGCUUUUACUAAUAUACUUUAUAAGAAUGGCUUAGCUUUGUAGUAGUUUUUGAACUGGUGUAAUUUUCAUAUUUCAAGGACAAGUACUCAGUUCUAACAUAUUCAUUUCAAAAUUUCAAGUCGUUCAAUUUAAUUUACUCGUAUCAACUGAAACCGUUCGGUUAAAUUACAAAAAAAUAAUGGCAAACUGGUCAUGGAAUCAAUUUUCUGAGAGUAAGCUCUUGAAUGUGGAGCAAAAAAUUCUUUCUGUUUUAAAGUCUAAAUAUGUUACCCGCUUCAUCAAAAUUAAAUGGAUAACUGGUACUGAUGAAAAAAUAUGGACUAUUUCUUUAAAUACCGAAUCAAAAAAUACUCCAUUAGUGCUUCUUCAUGGUUUUGCGGCAGGAAUUGGUUUUUGGGUACGAAAUUUAGAUUCCCUAUCAAGAGACCGACCAGUAUAUGCUAUGGAUUUACUUGGUUUUGGCCGUUCCUCUAGACCUGAAUUUAGUACUGAUAGUCUUGAAGCUGAACGUCAAAUGGUCGAAUCCAUUGAAGCUUGGAGGAAACAAAUGGAAUUAGAACAAUUCGUUCUUCUGGGUCAUAGUAUGGGUGGUUAUUUGGCUACCUCAUAUGCUCUUUCUUAUCCAGAAAGAGUAAAGCAUUUGAUUCUAGCUGAUCCUUGGGGAUUUGAAGAUAAAUCUGAAGCGACUCCAAGAAAUCCCUCAUUGAAAAUCAAGAUUCUUGGUAUUGUACUUUAUCCAUUCACAAAUUUGAAUCCUUUAGCAUCUGUCAGAGCAUUAGGACCAUUUGGACCAUGGUUGAUUCAGAAAAUGAGGGGAGAUAUAAUAAACAAAUUUGAUGAUAUUAUUGAAGAUAAAAGUAUUAUUCCUAAUUAUAUAUACUAUUGCAAUGCACAAAACCCAACAGGUGAAACGGCUUUCCAUCAUAUGAUACAAGGCUUUGGUUGGGCAAGGAAUCCAAUGAUUCAUAGAAUAUCUAAACUAAAUAAAAAAAUACCUAUAACUUAUAUGAAUGGAUCUUACUCGUGGAUGGAUGAAUAUCAUAAGAUGGCUCCAAGAAUAAAAGAAAUGAGAUCAGGAUGUUUUGUAGAUAUUCAAGUCAUACACAAUGCAGGACAUCAUAUAUAUGUAGAUCAAGCCGAUCAAUUCAAUGAUGUGAUAUUAAGAGCUUGCAGAACUGCAGAUAAAGAUAUAACCAUUCAACCUCUCACUCCAAAAAAUGGAUAUCAUAAUUUAAAAGAAAAUGAUGAGAGCAGUAUUGACUCUAUAGAUGACGAGGAAUGUGAAAUUCUAACAGAAAAUAAUAAAUUAUGAAAUAAGGAUAAAUUAAUUUUAUUGUAGAAUGGCUCAAUAAGUGUUAUAUAUUAAAUACAGUAUUUUUGAUA